UUUGGCUUGCAGACGCCUUAUUUUUAGCAACUUUGCCAACGAAAAACGUGUUGACAAUUUUUAUACCGAUUUUGUAUACUUACUAAAGUUCUUAUAAUAUUUAUCAAAAUAUGAACGUGUUUAUUAAAUGUUUUAUGUGCGUUCUGUACGUGAAGUGUGUUUUUAGCUUGAACGAAGGGGAUCCGUGCAUGGCCAACAAUGAUGCUGGCGUCUGCAAGAUCAUUGAUGAUUGUGACUAUGCCGUCAAGCUGCUAACUACUGACGAAAAGAAACCUCCAAUGUGCAGAUGGCGAGGCAGCAGCAGAAUCGUGUGUUGCCCCCUUGAGAACCGCUCGUACAACGUCGGGGUAUUUCGGAGCUACUUCGGGGGUUCGAACAACGGGGUUCUACGGUCGCAGGACAUGACAUGCCGAUACGAUGGCAGCCUGCCUAUUCUGUGCUGCCAGAACGUACCCGAAGCCCCUCCCCCCGCCGAACCGGCCGCCUGCCCCCCCUUGCAACUGCCGCCGGGGGACAGGAACGAUAUCGCUUUUAAAAAAUGCCUAGAGUACCAACGCUACGUGAACGUGUGCGUGUCCAGCGAUUCGAACCCGGACACGUACGUUCGAGAAGACACGUGUGGCGUUGAGUCAUUCGGCGACAGGAUCACUGGAGGAACGCCGGCGCUGCGUAACGAGUUUCCUCACAUGGCGCUGUUAGGUUGCAGAAAUGCUGUGAACACAGUCGUGGGACCCGUGGUAUGGGUGGCUGGAGGCUCGCUCAUAAGCGACCGAUUUGUUUUGACUGCAGGACAUGUGCUAUCUCAUCGAGAUUAUGGCCUCCUCCGCUACGUGCUGCUCGGAGCGACCAACAAGUCCGAAGCCCGAGAUGGUCUACUGUUCAACAUCAUUAGGUUUAUACCGCACAAACUAUACCAGAAGAAUGAGAAGAAACAUGACAUCGCUCUGUUGGAGCUUGAUAGACGGGUAGAGUUCUCCGAGUUCAUCCGGCCCGCAUGUCUACCUUCCCCAUCUAUACCUAUAACUUCGGAUCGGAUCCUAGCCGGGUGGGGCAAGACCGGAGAACAGGCGAGCGAAUCCGAAAUACUUAUGAAGGUGACGGUUCCCGAAUAUGACUACGAAUCUUACUGCAAGCCAUUCUUCUCUCAGACAGCUGAUAAUUUGUUUGACAAGGAAACUAUGUUGUGUGCUGCAGGCGGUAAAAAUGACAAUAAGGACUCUUGUCAGGGCGACAGCGGCGGGCCUCUGAUGGCGUACGCCCGCGACAUAUACUGCUCGUAUGUGGUGCGCGGCAUAGUGUCGUUCGGGCCCCGCUGUGGCGCUGGCGUGCCUGGAGUUUAUACUAAUGUGCAGUAUUAUAUGGCGUGGAUACAAAGUGUCGUGUGGCCGAAAUAGUCUCAUUUAGCAGAACUAUCUAGCAAUAAUCAUGUUUAAGGAUCGCACGAACCCGCCGCCAAAAGCCGCUUCCAUACAAUUGCUUAAGAGGAAAGUUGUUUCAUAUCAUUUAAGACGAAAGUGGACCCGCACGAAAUCGCCUUUACAUACAAACGUAGUCCUCAUUUUCCUCUCUGAAUAUUGAUAUUAUGGAAAAUAUAUUUAUAUAAUUUGAUGUAUAUUAACCAUAUAAACCACAGCUAUGCCCCUACGUUAGACUUUUUUCGAUUUUAUGAUUAUUGUUAAAAUUAGGAGUGAAAAAAAAAAUCAUACAAAUUUUUAAAUGCCUGACUCUUAUAAUAAUUUAAAAUUCGAAAAUAAUCAAACGUAAGUGCAUAGCCAUGGUUGAUAUGCAACAAAUUGUGUCAAAUAUUUUCAAUAAUGUUAAUAUCCAGAGAGGGAAAUGAGGACUGAGUUUGUAUGAAAGGCGAUUUCACGCGGGUCCUCUACUUCCGUCUCAAAUUAUAUGAAACUUGGCAUGAACAUAAUAUACGCAACAUAUUUAUAUGUCUAUUACUAUUUUUUCUUGCUAAAAAAUCAAUACAAAGUUAAUAAAGCGAGUAGGUUCGUGUGUCUCUACCAGUCUGAAUAGGCUUAAACGAAUAAAUCGUAUUAUGAAACAAU